ACGAGCAGAUCAUGACCUGUACUCGUACGAGUACAUAUUCCGGCUCUUAUUGUUGCAUGACAUCAUCUUUAUGCUCCAACAAACGGGUCGCCACUCCGUUCGAGAUUUCCGUCACUUUCAGUAACUGGUACAUCUGCAUUCGCUCACAUCAUUUGGCAGUCGGCUGAUUCAAGUGACAAUAUAAUUUUUGUUCAAAUGUCGAUCAAAAAGUUUGUCAUUUAUUUCUUGGAAAAGGAGUCGUAUUCGUCCUAUCCAGAAAUCUUGACAGAGUCCACAUUCGUGCUGUGGUUCGCUUGCCAAAUUUGUUUGCAAUUCGGAUUGCGUAUUCUUCCAGAAUUGGGAGCCAGCCGAUUUGACCCCGACACGGAUAAUUAUUUCCAUUCCCUGCUCAAACUGUCCGGACUUGAGGUGAAUGACUGCUUCUGGGACGAGGUCAUGUCGGGAUGGACACCACCGCAUCCGAUCACCGUGGCCCGUGCGGAAGCGUUCAGGCAGGUUGUGGACGUUCCGGCGGUUUCCAACCAAAUCAUCGGGUACAUGGCCGCCUUCCUUACCAUCAUCCUGACGACUCUCUUAAGCGGCUCCUUGAUUUACCUGGUAUACAUCAAUCGCCACUGGACCUAUCCCAUAUCGAAGGACCAUCUGCCGUGUUGUCUUCAAGUGGAGGCGUUUAUCCAGAGGCACCGACCGGCGGCUGGCAAGAGGCAUGGACCUGCUAGCAUAUUGAUGAUCAUGCUGGCUGCGAUGGCUGGCGCAAUCACUUUUAUUCUCUACUAUGCCAGCUGGAUGGUGUGUAGUGCCAUACCGGUGGUGCUUCUUUGGCUGUGUGUUAUACUGACCGUAUCUGUUUGUGGCCCAUCCGCGGUGUUUCCUGGCUGUAUCCUCUUCGCCAGCAUACUGGCUUUUUAUUGUACCGGCAGAAUAUGGGGAUUGUGGAUGAAUGAGAGCUAUCUUGCUUUGAUGAAAAAAGGAAUAAGAAAAUUGGUUGCUGCACAAUCUACCGAGAGACGUCCAUCGAUCAAUCGCUCUCAAGAAAAUGGAAUUGCGGGCACAGAUGAAAACAAAAGGCAGCAGCACCGGAAAAGGGCAGUCUGCAGCUUGUCAGCCUUUUUCCUUGGAUGUAUUGCUGUCUAUUUCAACGCAUGGCCAUUAUUUCAGCAAUUUCCCAUCGUCAUGCAGUGGCAGAGCGAGACCGGCAGCGCCAACUGGACGUACUGGCAUUCUUUUAAUGCAACAGGAACUUGCACCAAGCACGGAACAUAUUUCGACCAAGGGACAGCAAUGCUCUCAUACUGGGUGGAUCUGCAAUCCGAGGAACUGCGUUCAAAACCUAGGAACUGGAAUACUGAGCGGCUGCUCAGCUUCACUCCGUCCUUCUCACCGGCCGUCGGCUGGACGUACUUGGUAUGGUGUGGAGUACUGUCCGCGGCCAGCGGCAUACCGGUUAUGGCGGUGCAGUAUGCGGAAUAUAUCAUUGUUGGCAUCGCCGUCCUGGUCGCCGGUGGCCUGCUCGGAUAUCGCGGUGUACAGGCCUGCUGUAACAAAUGGCGUCGGCAUGUUCUUGACCAACGAAAUUUGACGGCCGACAACAGGUACAGGGCGCAGCUGCUGAUUGUAGACGUUGCGGCGGAAGAACCCGGUGCACCGGACAACGCACCAUCAGAUUGCUUUCCUGCACCAACUAACAUUGCGAAGCCUACUAUCGAUACCGUGCCGUGCGAUCGUUCACAUGGGGACAUUAUUUCCACCCAAAGAAUCCCGGAAGCAAAGAACUCCCAAGUUUCGCCAGUAUCAGUCAAAUGUGGAUCGAAGGUUGUUACGGUAAAACUUAUGAAAGCCACUAAGACAACGGAACCCUGUGUGUGCGAGGCGCUGAGUCAUAUGUGGUCUGUUGCGAUGAACCGCCAUUGCCCGUUGGUCACCGGCUUGGUGCUCCCGUAUUCCCUGGUGGGGCUGUUUGUGCCCGAAUGUCUGCAGCUGCCCGGUCUUCUGCUGCUGCUAACGGUGUGCACGAUUUGGAUGUACGGCAACCUGGUGAAGUGUGUAUGGCACAUGGGAUGCAUCAAGGAAUCUGUUAAGAAGGAGUGUAAAGAUCGUUGUGUUCGCUGGGCAGACGGAACCGUGCAGCCGCCGAAUUCACCCUCCUGAAAUAAUUCGGUAUCAUCAUCGCCCAGCCAAUACGGAGCCCGUUCCAUGCAUCGAACGGGUUUCGUAAACGGCGGCCGUCGACCUAAACCCCAAGGUCCCACUAAUUCGGCAUGAAAGCGACACUUCGAGCGAGUUCGUGGUACAGAUACCUAUAAGAAACGUCCCGAAAAUUGCAUCGCCCGAAAAGAAACGUCCCGAAAAUUGCAUCGCCCGCCGUGUUAUCGUGUGAACCGAAACUGCAAGAUUCCGUCGGAUUUCGGAAUUAACAUCGGCUUCUAUAUUCCCCGCCGCAUGCCGUAUUUACGCCGGAUGCCAGAAUCAGCCCACCGUAACCACUAACCACCUUUUGCCUCUUGUACCUUGCCGAAGCGCUUUCGUUUCCUUGCUUCUGUGUGAUAUGAUUCCCCGUAUGAUGUUCUGCGCAUCUAUUUCCUGAAGAAGUACAGUACAUCCGCGAAACCCCUGCUGCUUUCGAACUGACAACCGGCUCAAUUAAACGGAUAAUUAGUAUGCAUGUUGCUGUCGUAGGUAUUUUGUGGAUAUUGUAUUUUAACGCAUGUGAUUAACGAAAAUCGACUUCAAAAUUCAUAAUUGUAUUUGUUAAAGUGAAUCGGAUCAUGUUUUAGCGAAUGAUUUUUUCUGCAACUCGAAAGAAGAAUCUGUUUGUGCUAGCACCAUCACUUAUUCGCACCGAUACGAUGCACAAAUUUCAGUGCAGAUAGCUUUCUUUCGUGGAAUACUGAAUAAAUAUUAUCG